UGGAAAUCGAGGUGCAGUCGUAGAAAACAAAGUCUGGCGAACGGUUUCAGUUCUGCACGGGCCGUCGCUUCCGAUAAAAUGAAUCGUCUAAGUGAACACGACAAAGCUGUUCUGAACAGCAUUUUCAACCCCCUUUCCCCAUCGCUACUCGGCGAAUCCGAAUUUCACGAGGAAACUGAAAACGAUCGGGUGUCACAGGAUGAUCUUGAGAAAGGCGAGAUUCUCGAACCGGAAGUAACGGAGAUACAAAAAUUGGCGAUUCUCGAAAGCGAAUCGAAAAAUUUUGACGAAGCGUUGAAGCUUUUCGAAAAAGCGUUAGAAAAAUCUGGAUACCCCGCAACACUUUUGAACGAUCGUGCUCAAUGUUUGAGAUUGGCUGGCCAAAACGAAGCUGCGAUGAGGGACUUGAAUCUGGCGAUAGAAAAAUCGAAAAACGAUCGAAUUUUCAUACGGGCGUUGUGUCAGCGUGGAAUAUUGUACAAAAUUAAUGGAAACUUGGACGAAGCUAGGAAUGAUUUUUCAAAGGCUGCCAAACUCGGUUCAAAAUUUGCCAAAAGUCAAAUUACAGAGCUCAACCCUUACGCCGCAAUGUGCAAUCAAAUGUUCAGGGAAAUGACAAUGAAACUGAGCAACCCUUGACUGUAGGAAAAAAAAGCGUUGUCCAUAAGCUAAUUACCCACAUAACAUAUAGGUAUAUGUAUGUGUGUAUGAUUUAUACGUUUUCUGUUUUAACAAUUAUUAAUUAAUUAAAAAAAUUAGGAAUAUCUAGACGUAAUUCUUGGUACGGAAGAAAACUGAUGAUUACAGUUGUACUUAAAAUACGUACGAUAAUAAUGAUUAUAUUAAUUAUAGUACACGGAUAUCCUUGGAAAAAGUGAAGAUAAUGGCUUCCGACACGAAAAUGUUACUAGGAUGACAAAUAAAAGGCAUGCUGGUAUUUCUUUA